GGCAGUCUGCCGCGGACCAUUCAUCCCUGCCAUUCGCCGAGCACGCGUCUAAACGCCGUCGCGCGAGCGCCGCCCCCCCAGCUCCCCCGCUCGCGAGAUUUCCCGCGUGACGGUUGCGUCUCACUGAAAAUUACACAUCUGUCUAGUUUUCGCCGUCUGUCUCGGAGUUAAUUUUUGUUACUUGUUAAUUGUUUUUCGGUUUUUCGGUUUUCGUUUUUUUUUUUUUUUUUUACCAUCGUUGUUUUAUUAAUUAUUAAAUUAUUACCAUGAUAUAAUAUACAGUUUACGACCAUCUACUACCACGACCACCACCGCUACUACUAUUACUACUUCUAUAUUAUAUCACUACUAUUAUUACUACUACCACUGUACCAGUACUUCGACCACCAUACCACGAGCUACACGACACAAUACGCGAUCCAAAUUUAAUAAUAUCUCGUUAUUAUAAUACUGGACGGUCGCGAUACGACAACAAUUAUACGCCGUCGUUGUUUCGUGGGAAAACGAAAUUGAACUUUUCAAAGUGCGUCUGUCGGUUUUUGAUUUUGAGUAGUUUUUUGGCUUUCAACCGAUCGGGACCUCAAAGCUGGUUUUAAAUACCGUCGGUAUACGAACGAUUUCGUGAUCACCUUGUGUGCACACCUAUGAGGACGCAGUUGGGGCCCCGACUGUUGGUCGCGGACCUGAAACCGGUUUCGCACUGGAUGGAAACGGCCUCAGUGCCAUCAACGUCACCAUAACACAGAUCGAAGACGAUUUAGCAACAUAUGUUGGCGCCGGUUCCAAGGUGAAAGACAUGACGGCUGUAAAUACUGGGUUGCCUGGGAUCCGGGUGCCGUUGAAGAGCAGCUAUGCGUCGGCCAUGCCCCAGCAGACGGCCGUGUUCAUGUACAGCACCGCGGGUCCGGACGGGCAGACAGUCACGCUGCAGCUCCGCGAGACGGACGAGACCAUCGAGCUGCCCGCGUCCAUGCUGUCGAAGAUGUCCCGGCAAACGGACACGGCCACGCUGUCCAUCAGCUACCAAGACUCGGCGGAGGUGCUCACCGACGGCACAAUCGACCUGCUUCUGGCCACCACGCCACUCCACUCUUCCGGUGAUGGCCAAAGCACAGAUUCACCUGGUUUCGAGCUUUUCGAUUCGGACAACGGCCAUGAUCUCACGCUAUCACCACAAACGUUUACGGCUAAUACCACAGCUGAGUCUUUUCUAGUCAACGACAACUCAAACAGCAUAGGCAUGCCCGUCAAUGAGUCUGACACAGUUGGCAGCUCGGAAGACGUCAAGUCAGCAGAUUUGAGCAAGUUAAAUAUGUCGAGGCGGUCAAAACCGGUGGCGAAAGCUAUGUCUCCCAACAGACAGGGUCCCCAGCAGUGUAUUACCUGCGGGAAAGUGUUUGGGAACGCGUCUGCACUGGCCAAACACAAGUUGACACACAGCGACGAACGGAAGUACGUGUGCAAUGUUUGCAGCAAAGCUUUCAAAAGACAAGACCACUUGAAUGGACACAUGCUGACGCACCGGCAUAAAAAGCCGUUCGAGUGCAAGGCCAGCGGAUGCGGCAAGUCGUACUGCGACGCGCGGUCUCUGCGCCGGCACACGGAGAACCAUCACCACCACCGGCCGUCGUCCAACCAGGGCUCGCCGCCCGCGUCGCCGUCCUCGUCCACGAGUUCCGGUUGCAUACAGUACGCGCCCGCGCCCAUGCCUUCGCCGCCCGGCUCGUCCGCGGCCGCCACGUCCACCACGGCGGCCGCCGGUGCGCCGUCUUCGUCGUCGUCGUCGUCGUCCGCGUCGUCCUCGUCGUCCUCGUCCGCGUCCACCACGGCGGCGUUCGGGUCCAUGUCGGCCAUUUCGGUGUCGACGUCCGCGUCGUCGUCGUCGUUGUCGUCGUCGUCAUCGUCGUCGUCUUCUUCGCCGUCGAUGUCGUCGUCUCUGUCGUCGACGACGUCCUCGUCCGCCGCGCCGCACCACCAACAGCAGCCGCACGACGCGACGCCCAGUCAGCUGCAAAAGCUGCUCAGCGCCGAACCACUGUCGUCGACCGGCGGUGGCGGAGGAGCGCUCCCGUCAAAGAGUGGCCAGUCGGAAACGAGAAAUGCGGCAGACAGCGAGGACAGUUUUACUAAACAGCAGUUUGAUAUUAUUCAACAGAUUAUGCAUCACACCCAACAGCAAAUAGCGACGUCAACUGCCUCGAAAAAUUCGAACCAGAAGAAUUCGUCCAACGCAAAAAAUUGGAACAGUCAACAGACCUCGAACGGCGCAACAGACUCGGCAAACAACAAACAACAGCACUCACAGCCCGCUGCCGUUGCAGUGCAACCCAAGCCGGAACAAAAGCCCGUGGAAUGUAACCUGUGCCAUCGAAAGUUUAAAAACGUACCAGCUCUAAAUGGACACAUGAGGCUGCACGGAGGAUACUUCAAAAAGGAAACUGAUUCAAAAAAAUGGGAAAAAAAAGAAGCAUCGGGUCCACCUCUGCAGACAGCCAGCAUGAGUGUCAGGGCUCUGAUCGAAGAAAAAAUCAUACAAAAAAGGACCACGAAACCAAAUUGUUCAACUCAAAACGGACUAACAUAUUCAAACUUGAGCCGCGAGAAGGAAACCGUGGUACAGCAAGUGGUGAGCAGAAGCACGGCGGUGCACGCGGUGAUGACCACUAGCGGUACGUCGUUCGCGGUGCCAGCGGUUCCAAACACCGCCUCGGUGGUGGACACGACGGUGGGCUUGGCCGACUCCACUGCCGUAGUGUACACGGACGUAAUACUCAAAAAGACCGGAGUGAAGAGGGCGUGCUCGGAUCCGGGAUAUCAGUUCAGUCACAGCAGCACCAGCCCGCAAAUAGAUAUUAAUUACUCCGGUUCACCGUACACACUGAAUCACGGAAACGGCGGCGGCGAAAAGGAAACCGAUAACCGGGGCUAUUAUUCGCCGGGACUCAACGACGAUAUAUUUCCCAACGUACAAGCCGAAACCAUGCUCUUGCAGGCCGUCGACUCCGUGCAGCUGGCCAACACGAUACAGGCUACGGAUAUGCAAGACAUGUCAUGUUUAGAUGAUUACGACGGUAUGACCGAUCUUCAAAACAACGAAGACUUCCAAGCCGUGUUAAAUUCUCCACUUUCGGCCAGCCUGGCUGAUCUAGCGUACAGUUCAGGGCAAACUAUGUUUACAGAUUUAGGUAGAUCACCUCUUCCAUCCCCAAGUUUUACCUACCCUACUCCACCGGCUAGUCAAGAGGGUCAAUCUCCUUCGCUAAAUUUUCAUUCGGUUAUGUCAAACGGUCAUCUUGGUGACUUUUUUUAUUCAUCUGACAUGUCAAGUUCAGAAGCUGUUGAAGCGGCUUUAAGUGAAGUAUUGCCAAAUUUCGAGUCUUCUACAGAUUCGCCUUUAUCAGCCAAUACACCAGUAUCAUCGCCGAUGUCAAUACAUAAUUCAUCCGCUGCACAGUCACCAUUACCUAACCACCAUCAACACACGCUACAGGUAAUGAUGCCAAAUUCAGAAGACCCGUUAUUAUCCAGCAACCCUAAAGAAUUUAGGAAGAAAUUCGAUUACCAAACAUGUCGCUUAUACGGAGUCAAUGGAACCAUGGCCCAAGUGAUUGAUGGCAGUCAGUUUUUAAUCGACAAAAAUGGAGAUUUGAAAUUAGUCCAAGCCAGUUACCAAAAUCCUGGAACCAUGUUCGUCCAAACAGAAGCCCAGUUGAUCGAAAAACAUAUACCAGUUAUCAAACAACAAAAACCAGACAAUAACCAAAACUUUGAAGAUUUGGAUGACAUUUUCCUUAAUCCAUCAAGUAUUCCACCGAAUAUUACACAUCGAUUAAACAGAAAACGCUGUUUUGGAGAAACUAUUACGUACAAACCGUUCCGAUCCAGAUUACGUAGUCAUAGACUAGGGAUGUUAAAUGAACCAACCUUGCAAUUUACUCCGAAACCUAUGUUGAGUCCUUCUAGAAAUGGAAGAGGUCUUUAUUGGCAAGCAGUGACUUCGUGGCCAAGCUCUUCGACUGUCAAAGAGAUUAUUGUUGAAGAUUGUGUAGGACUAGAUUCACCACCAGAGUGUGAUGUACUACCACACAUUAAUCUUGGUCCAAAUUUCCAAGCUAUAAUACCACCAUUAAGCAAAAUCAGACCAAUUCGAGAGCCGUCUAGUGAUUAUUUAUUAUGGGACCCUUGUAUUACAAGUUCAGUUUCUGAUCGAGAAGUCGAAAUGUACAUGGACUUUGCAUGCUGUGCUGCAGUACCAGGUGGUGGAAGAAACAAAGAAUAUGCUUUACAUUUGCUACAUCUCUGCAAAGGAAACGUUCAAGAAGCAAUGUUAAAGUUGAUGCAACCAACGCCGUAUCUCCCACAAGGACAUCCUUUGAUGAAAUUUGAAUACACGGAAUCUGAUCACUGGACACCAAAUGAAGUAUCGAUGUUUCACAAAGCUAUAUUCAAAUAUGACAAAGAUUUUGCAUUUAUUUCGAAAGAGUUGGGUACGAAGACUAUGAAACAAUGCAUACAGUUUUAUUAUUUGUGGAAAAAAGUUUGUCCGGAAGAUUAUAAACAGUUUCAAUUCCAAAGACGAAAGUCGAGGAAUGAAGAUGCAAUGGUCAAUCCGAAAUUAGACAUUCCUGCUAACGACAGUUCGGAGGACCAACAAACUUUCGUUUGCGAAUUCUCAGACUGUUUGUCGACAUUCAGUAACAAAAUAGGAUUAGCAGCUCAUAUGAGGCUACACACAAAUGGAACACCAGAUCGAAGACAAACCCUGACACCAACACAAAUUGAUCCGAAUUAUGAAGAAUUCCCUUGCAAAAUCUGUGGAAAGAUAUUUACCAAAGUGAAGAGUCGAAGUGCCCAUAUGAAAUCGCACCGACCUCCUGACGCUGAACCAAAGAAACCAAAAUUGGACCAAAAUGUCGACUACGGUCAAAUGAUGCAACUCAAGACGGUCGCAACGCCAAUUCAAUUACAUAGACAAUGCUAAGUAAACGCAAGAUCACAUUAAAAAUGAAGCUCAAUUUUAAACAGAGCUCGUACAAUCAAUAAAAUAACCGUGUUUUCAGGGUUUUUACUCUAAAAAAAUGUCCAAGCAAUAUACAUAAAUAAAAUAUAAAUAAUAAUAUAUACACACAUACAAACAUACGUCUGUAUGUGUGCGUAUCACUAAAAAUACUACUAUGCAAAAGUUCUUCCUCGAUGAAUUCUAUAGCAUUUAAAUAAGCAAUAAUCAUCAUGUCUUGGACAAUAAUAAAAAUUCAAACAAUAAAAUGUGCCAAUCAAAUUCACGCUAGAAUCAAAAUGCUCAGUACGAAACAUUACAACUUUCUUUAGUCUCUAAGCUUUUGAAAACUAAAAACCAAAGUUCGUCAAUUAACACAAAACGUGGUCAAAAUAGUUUCAAAUGUAUGUGUAUGUGUGUGUGAGUGUCUGUGUGUAUAUAAAAUAUAGUGUACAUUUCUAACCAGUAAAACAUAUACGUAAUACAAUUUUAAAACACUCAUUUGAGACGCGAAUUUGGUACUUGAAAAAAAAAUUUUAUUUAUAAACUCAUCAUGUUAUUAAUAUAUAAUAAUUAUAGUGCCAAAUAAGAAUAUUUUCCCCUUUGUAUUUUUAUAUCCUGUUAUUAUAAUUUUGUGAAUAUUAAAAAAAAAAAAAAAUACAAAGAAAAACAUUAUCAAGUCGAUGCUCAAAUUCUUUGACUUACAUUUUACAUAUUGUAAACUAAUAUUUAGUUCCAGUCUUCCCUUCCCAAAUAAAAAUCCAAACUUCAAAUGGUAGUGAAUAGCUAUAUUAUUGCUGUUAAAUAUUUAUUCCUAAGUGAAUGUAAAUGAAUACACAUAUAAUAUAUAUAUUUAAUAUUUAUUACCUUACGAUUAAAUCAAUGAUUUAAAAUUAUAUCGAAGAUGCCAUUGGUUCACAAAAGUGUUUAUACAGGCGCUAGUCUUCAUGCAUGUUUUUGAAGCGUUAGAUAAAAAAAUAAAUAUAUAUAUAAAUAAAUACGCGUCGCUUUUAUAUUAUAUAUAAUUCGUAUAAAAAUGUAUAUUUGAGAUGUUAGUGAUUAGGUAGUGGUAUAGUAUAAAAAGGUUUACUCUGCGCCUUUUUAUUGCGCUACUUGAGGGUUUUUUUUAAUGUUAUUUGUUGCCAGUAUUGAUUUUUGUUAUGUUUAUUUACUUUGAAGGGAGCAAUUUUACAUCACUCCCUCUAUCCCUCCCCAAAAUUCCCUUUUUUUUUAUCCGGUCCCAAGCGUUGCCGGUACAUUCCAUCAUUUCCCCCACGUUCGAAUUUUCCGGCUAAACAUUGUGCGCCCACCAAAGGGUAAUAAUAAUAAUUAAAGGAAAUAACGCUAAAAGAAAUUGUUAUAGUUAUUUUAGAUAAGAGUUAUACGAGAUUUAAAAUUAAAAUUAUAUUUAAUGAAUAUAAUUAUCUUAAAUUAUUUAAUAGAAAAAAAAAUAUUUAAAAUAUUUUAGUACAUUCUUAAUAUAUUAUUAUGGUAAAUUUUUAGUAUAGGUCUAAGUUAUUAUGUGUUUAGAAUGUUCGUUGUUGUUUUGGGCUCGAAAGUUAAAGGAAAAAGUUAUUGUAAUUUUUUUUUUUUUCGUUUUUAGUUAAUUUACUGGCUAACUAAUUGUACAUCAGUACAUCUAUACAAUAAGUAUAUGUAACUAAAUAUGUUUGUAAAAAAAAUAGUUAUUUUUCGUUUCAUUUAAACUAUUUCUAUUAAAUGUAUUAUUUUAUCGGUAUUUUAUCGAAUCAUUGUAUACAAUCAACAGUGUAUAAUUUAUUGUACUAUUUAUUUAAUUUAAUUGUUGUGGUCUUUCAAAGAGGAAACGAAUAAAUAAAUAUUAAUUAAUGGUUAUUAACU